AGGCGGCUAGGCUGUCCGCACCCCCAGCCUGAGUGGGGAUGGCGCUGGGGGUCCGGGAGCACCGGUUCUCGGGGCAGGAUCUAGCCUCGGAGACCCCAGUGAUGGCCACAGCAUCGUCCAGUGCUGUGAGCUCCCGCCGCUUCCUGCUCUGUCUCUACCUGAUAGGCUUCUUGGACCUGUUUGGUGUUAGCAUGGUGGUUCCAUUGUUGAAUCUUCAUGUCAGAUCUCUUGGAGUAAGCCCCAUAGUUGCUGGAAUAGUAGGCUCUUCCUACGGCAUUUUGCAACUCUUCUCCAGCACCUUUGUGGGCUGCUGGAGUGAUGUGGUCGGAAGACGGUUCUCCUUGCUGCUGUGCCUCCUGCUCAGUGCCCUGGGCUAUCUCCUCCUUGGAAUGUCCACCAAUGUGUUCCUGUUUACCCUGGCUAGAGUCUCCGUGGGUGUUUUUAAACACACCCUCUCCAUCUCCAGAGCACUGCUUUCUGACCUGAUCACUGAGAAGGAGCGGCCACUUGUGCUGGGACAGUUCAACACAGUCUCCGGUGUAGGCUUCAUCUUGGGCCCCCUGGUUGGUGGAUAUCUGACUGAACUGGAUGGUGGAUUCUAUGUGACAGCCUUCAUUUGCUGCUCUGUCUUCCUCCUCAAUGCCGGUCUAGUCUGGCUGUUACCUUGGAGAGAAACAAGCCUCAACAUCCCAGACAAUGGAUGGCACUUGGAUGGGAAGCACACUACAGUACCCAUAAAGUCAGAAGGUACACUACAGGGAGCAGCCACCACCCCUAUGGCCAGGAAGAGUGAGAGGAAAGUGAAGGCCCCCUGGGUUGAAAUCAUGUCGGCCUUGAAGGACAUGAAGAACCUGAUCUUUUCUGCACUGCGGGACAUAUUGAUCGUGCGCUUUCUGAUGGGAGUGGCCGUUAUGCUGUACUACAGUAACUUCAUCUUGGGCCUAGAGGAGCGUUUUGGGCUACGGCCCAAGACCACAGGGUACCUCAUCAGCUAUACCAGUGCCCUGGGGAACCUGGCCGGCUUCGCCGUGGGGCCCAUUCUACGGCUGUACAGGCACAACUCGCGCAUGGUCCUCCUGCACUCCAAUGCACUCACCUGCCUCCUGCUCCUGCUCUUCUCCACGACCGGCUCCAUGGCUAUGGUGGUGUUCUCCUCAACGCUUCUGUCCUUCACUACCGCCAUUGGGAGAACCUGCAUCACAGUCCUCCAGCUGAGUAUGGGCGGAGCCCAGACCAGCGGCACCAUCAUAGGCGUAGGCCAGUCUGUGACUGCGGUAAGCCGCAUCCUUGCCCCCCUUCUCUCUGGAGUGGCCCAGGAGAUCAGUCCCUGUGGCCCCCCAAGCCUGGGUGCUGCUUUAGCCCUGGUGGCUAUUUUAAUUAUGACUCUAAACAGACCUUCCUUCGGUGGGGAAGGGAGCGAGAGACUCAAACAGGAGUAGGAUUGGGACCACUUGGAGAAGCGGAUUUCGAACCAGGCAACUCGGGGACAAAGAUGGGCAUUUCAGGGACAGUGGGUGGUGGUGCAAGUGCAGUUAUUCCCAGAUGACUCGGUCUUACCUGAACAGGUAUGCCAGCAGAGCCAAUUAGAAGUCAGCAGCAUAUAGGAAAGUUUAGACUGAGCACAGCCCUCCUGGGGUCGACCGUAUCAAAAGCUUGCCUGAGAGGCUAAUCUUUGCACCUGGGCACAGUAAAGUUAACGUUUGCUUCUGGGGAAAGGCAGCAUGCUACAAGAGGUGGGAGAGUGACUUGGAAUGUGGAGGGAAGCCUCAGUGUUAAUCCCGGACUGGCCACCUGUCUGGGAUUCAGCUCCACAUAAUCCCAGAAGCCAAAAGCAGCUUUUCUGCACAAAUCCCAGAGACCAUCCUGAUGCUGUCUCAGCUGGUAACAUCAGAUGCUGAGCCCUUAACCCCAGACAUUUAGAUACAUAGGCCUCGCUGAGGUCAGACCUGUGGGCUUUUAAGCCCCAGUGGCCAUUUCUCACGAAGGGGGGAGGUACACUGAGAUAUAGUUUUGAUUAAAGUAAAAAUUGGGAGACUGCGCUGUUUUUAAUAGUUAACUGUCGUGCCCCUUAAACCUACUGAUUCCAACUGGGGUACACCACCUUUCCCUCCUCUCAGGAGUCAGACUGCACCAGGAACAAGCAACUUUCAGGGCUGCCUUUUCUCCUCCUUGUGACUUAGUAACUUUGGAUAGCAGCGCUACCCUCAAUCCCCCACAACCUCAAAUUCUGGGAUCACAGACCCAAAAUCCACAUUCCGUAUGAUUCUCUUGAUUAUUCCUUUGGUGCGUGAUGCUCACUUUCAACCUAACACAACAUGUAAUUGUGAGUGGUUCUUCAAUGCACUAAAUUCUCAUAACUCUAAUGUUUACUAUUUAUAAAUCAGCAAAAGGAUGUUUUCAUGUUUUAGAUGUUCUAUGUGGGAUAAACUCAAAUAUUUAUGACUGUUGGAAGUUUAUUUUAGCUUGAAUGCCUUCCCCUUUCCUCUCUGUCUGCGAGAAAAACAAUUCACUUUUAAGUUGUUUCCACUGUGAAUUUUAACACAGGCACUAAGAACUCUUAAGGGGCCAAAGCAUGGCGUAGGUGGCCAUGACCUCACACCGCAUCUGAUUGUCAUGGAGACUGGGGUCAGAGGGCCAGUGAUUAAUCUGAUGAUGGUAUGACACAAUGAGGUUAGGUUUCAGAAGUAUUUCUACCAAGAUUGUACUCUCAAAGACAGUGGACUUUUCUUACAAACGCUUACAGAAGCCAUGUUUGUUUUCUUAAAACCAUACGUGAAACAAGUUCAGUGAGACUUUAAAAUUAAUAAGAAACAUGGAGAUAUUGAAAACUCAAAUCAACCACUAUCUAGAGAAACACUUGUUACCCUGUAUUAGGUAACUUUGGGAAUUUAUUAAUGGGAUGGUUUUCUGUUCUGUCUUCUUAUUUGGUAAACAAUCGCUCACAUUUCAUCUUGUCUGGUGUCUUGUUCAAAGUAUAGUCCCUUGACCAUCAUGUCCUGGGAUACAUGCUCCAGCUCCAGCAUACACCUGCUAGGGGCCACUUUGAGGAACCAUGUAACUGAUUUGUUUACACAGAAAACUUUGGCAACCACUAGUCUGGUGUAUGGUGUUUAUAACCUUUUAUGGGGUAAAAUCUCAGGGAAAUUAAAUCUGUUCAUUUAA